AUUAUUUUUUUAGCAGAUAAAUCUGCUUGAAAUGGUGAUUUCUCGUUCAUGUGAAAUAUCUGGGCAGUGUCAUCUGCGUGAAGAGGAGUAGAAAGAAUACGCUUAAUCUGUAUAUUUUAUUCUCUAAAUGGAGGAUGAAAACGGACUUGAGCUUAGCUUGGGUCUAUCUUGUGGUGGGUUGUCUGCCAAAUCCAAGGGUAAAAAUGGCAGCUCCUCAGAUAUUAGACCCGAAGAAGGUGAUAGAGGAAAUAAAUUAGUGGAUGAUUUUAAGAACUUUCUAAAUUCUGGGAGCCAGAAACAAGACUCGAGUGCCGGUUCCCAAAGAAGUGAUUCACUAAAACCUAAGGAGAACUUUUUUAAUGACCUUUCCAAGAGCAAUGUUGAUGCAGAUGCUCCGGUAGACUUGAAUGGGAAAGGAGUCUGGGGGAGCAACAAUAAACCUGCUGAAUUUGAAGAGGAAAAACGAGCAGAGUCUGGUAGCAAGCGCAGGAUGUUUUUUGAUGAGAUGAACCAACAAAAGAAGCAUGAGAGAGAGGCUGCUCAUUUUGCUGAUAUAAAUGACAAAGCGAGAGCUUCACACAUUGCCCUGACAACAGAAGAGGGUUCAACUGCCGAAAAUGAAGAUGUGGCGGAGUCUGAAGUAGAGGGUUCAACAUCAAGGCUGGUGCUGCAGCACGAUGAUGGCUCCAAAAGAUUCAUUGGAAUUGGGGGAUCUUCUGAUUUUCAAAAGGAGGUUCGGGGAAUUUCUGAUUCAAAGGUUGUGGACCUGAAUGGGCAAAAGAGA